AUGAGUGAGAUGUUGCCAAGUCGAGCACUUCCACAGGAACCUGCUCAUGCAGUGGCCAGCGCGGCCAAGGUUCUGGCAGCCGAUGGGUUUGACACAGAGGCUGUCAACUUUGAAUUCCGGCGACAAUGUCUGCAGGCACAUCCGCAGCGAAGACUCGGAGGCUUAUCCCAUUUCCUACAGGUCCACUGUGACCUGGAGGUGUUGCGACAGACUGCGAAGCUGCUUCAAAGUCGUGCCAGUACUCCUGAUGAUCGCGAUGGUGCAGGGGCAACGGCCGCCAAAGCUGCGGCACUGGCACAGGCAGAGUUGCAUCGGACAGACUCCCAAGCGGUCGAGGCUUCGGCCUUGUUGUCGCCGAGAGAGCUUGAGGAGCAGAACGAGCAGAUGAGUCGCUACCUUCUGGACCUAUCUUGGCAGAAGGACGCCAUGAAGGCAAUGCUGGAGCACUUGCAGAAUCACGAGGCUUAUGCAGUUCUUGGCGUCGCGCCUGACAUCUCGGACGGGGACCUCGCGAAAGCCUACAAGGCUGCAGCCAUGCGCCUGCAUCCAGACAAAGGAGGUAACGCCGAACAGUUCAAGGCAGCACGCGCAGCCUAUGACCGCAUCUUGGAGUUGAGGCAGGGUGCGGCGCCACGGGAUGAGGCUGUCCCGACAGCGGCGCCCGAGGCACCGACCGAAACCACCAGAAGCGGACACGUUGACACAGCUUCGCCUCAAGGCGUGGAGCCGACGACACCGCGAGACGGGGUUCAAGCGGAAGCCAAAACCGUGGAUCUGCCGAGUCCGCGGCAGGAGCAGGAGGAGCCGUGCUCAGAGCCGGAGGAGUCGGAGGAGUCGGAGGAGUCGGAGGGAGCCGACAAGGAUGCGUCGGCUUCUCCCGUUUCGCAGAGGGAGGUUCUGGAGGACUUGAAUGCUCUGGAUGCCGAGGCAGUCGUCAAGGCCAUUCCCGUGGAAAGCGUUUCUAGGCAAGCUGAGCACGCAUUGGACGGAGCACAGAUGUGCAUGAAAGUGGCACGGCUGGCUUCUGAGGCCACGGGAACUUGCCGCUCUUGGUCACAGCUUUUACGGUGUGGCACGCAUCUGUUGGACAGCACCCAUUGUGUCACGCAGGCAUCCCAGAGUGUGUCAAGGUGUGCGGUCGGUGUCCCAUCGGAUCUGAUCCCGCUACUGGAAAAGAUCAAGACGGCGGAGGGCAUGACCAGGCAGGCAGUUAGCGCCACGCGGGAUUUGAUGCAGUGCACGGAGAUAAUCUCAGAGAAAGGUUUGAGGGCCACGGAGCUUUCCAACAGGUUGUUGCAGCAAUCCAAGGAGUUGGCCAGCACGCUGCAGUCGGUUGCCGGAGCAGACGAGAUGUCCAGCUUUGCCUGCAGGACAAUGGCAAAAACCUACGAGGGCCUGGCAACGCUCGCCCGGGAGACUGCGGAUGCCACUGCUGCUGCCGCCGUAAUGGUCGGGGACGCGCAGAAGAACGCCCAUGUGCUCAAGGAGAUCCUUGACAAGCUGCAGUGCAAGGCGAAGGCAAAGAAAGAGAGGUCCAAAGACGAAGACGAGGAGGCCAAAGACGCUGAUACCAGCAGCGAUGAGGAAAGCGCGGAGACCACAGAGGACCGAGCAUGCUCAAACAGAAGGCUGCUCCUAAAGUUGAACACCGAGGUCUUGGACUUACAGAAGGAGAUGAGGAAUCUCAUCUCCAGCAAUCCAGCCCUUAUGCCGGAGGUCGGUGUGGCGCAGAAAGAAUGGAUCUUUCGCCUCGCAGCAGAACUCAUUGAGCAGACGAAGUGGAAAUUCACGAUGCUUGGGCUUCACGGUCAGCAUGGCCCGUCCUCGUGGGAUGAAGCGAUGCAGGAGACGCUCCGCGUGCUUCAAGCAGCUGCGAAUUGGGAUGGUUUCGCAACUCCCCUGUUUGAUGCUCGCAUUCUCCGAGCUGCAGCACUGGUCGACGCGAAUCUCUUGUCCAAAAUGCUCCAGGACGCGUUGCAGGUCUGCGAAGACUCGACCCCGCCCGGCUCAGCAGGCGAUGCUGACGACCAACCAAGCCAUGCCAGACACCAGUAUUCGGAAGCCGUCAACCUUCUUUGCCGCCACGGAACAGCUGAAACGGUCGCAGUGCAGGCAUAG